AUGGGCAUAUCAUAUUCAUCUGCUACCGCAAUUUUUCGUAGUAGUACCCAUAAAACUGAAUCUCGUGAUGUCAUAAUCGGUCGACCUGAUUUAAAUACUGUUUGGUAUCCACAAAACGUUACUUGUAAUCAAAAAUAUAACAUAAUAACUUUUAUUCCACUUGUACUUUUUGAACAAUUUAAUGUAUUUUUUAAUCUUUAUUUUCUUAUUAUGGCAUGCACACAAUUCGUUCCCUCGCUACGUAUAAAUUAUUUAUAUACAUAUUGGGUACCACUGAGCUGUGUCACAUUUGCAUCUAUGCUACGUGAAGGAUACGAAGAUAUUAAAAGGGCAUAUCGUGAUAGAGAAAUCAAUUCUCAACGAUACACAUUGUUAACUGAAAAUGGACACCGUGAAGAAAUAUUGAGUUCCGAAAUAAAAGUAUCUGAUAUUAUUAUUCUACGAAAAAACCAGCGUGUACCUGCUGAUAUACUUCUCUUACAAACAUUAGACAAAUCAGGUACGUGCUUCAUUCGAACUGAUCAACUUGAUGGUGAGACCGAUUGGAAAUUACGCAUUGCUACUCCCAUGACACAGUCGCUCGAGGAUAUUUCUAUUUUAAUAUCGGAUAAAAAUCAAGCAGUAAAAAUUCAUUCAGAACCGCCCUGUCUGAAUAUUCAAGAGUUUAAUGGUGUAUUAUCUUGGAAAAGUGAGGUACCACUUUCUGUUGAAAAUAUGCUCUGGUCUGGUACAGUUAUUGCAACAGGCGAAGUGAUAGGUUGCGUAAUCUAUACGGGUACUGAUACGCGUAUGGCUUUGAAUACAAGUAAACCGCGCCAUAAAUUCGGUUUAGUUGAUAAAGAAAUAAAUACAUUUGCAAAAAUUUUAUUCCUUGGAUCUGCCGCCUUAGCAUUGGUUUUGGUUAUACUGAAAGGUUUCGAUGGAUUAUGGUAUCGACAUUUUGUUCGUUUUCUACUUCUUUUCUCUUACAUGAUACCUAUUAGUCUUCGUAUUAAUUUGGAUCUGGGUAAACUAGUUUAUUCGUGGUUCAUUCAACAGGAUAAGGAUAUUCCUGGUUCAGUUGUACGUUCAAGUACUAUUCCGGAAGAAUUAGGUCGUAUUGGUUAUCUUCUAGCCGAUAAAACAGGAACAUUAACACAAAAUGUAAUGGUUUUUAAACGUUUAUAUGUGGGAUCAGGCUCAUAUACGAUUGAAAAUCGAGGCCAAAUUUCAAGAUUACUUAAACAGGAAUAUGCAAAACCUACACUGGCACGAUAUGAAAGUCAGGAAUCACUUGCUACAUCGGCAUUACCAUUUGGUAGAAAACGCAAAAUUGUGAAAAUCACAGAAGCACUUAGAGUCACCGAAACUAUCAAAGCGUUAGCUUUGUGUCAUAACGUAACACCAAUAGUUGAACAAUCAACAUCAGCAUCGUUUGAUACAUCGACAAAAUACGACGAUGAAUAUCAUUCAACAUCAGAUACACCAAGGACAAGUGUUACAUCAUUGAAUACAACAGUUGGAUCCGAUGUCUUAGAAUUAUUAUCAGCAACAGCUAUUUCUUAUCAAGCAUCAAGUCCCGAUGAAAUCGCUAUUGUUGAUUGGACUGAACGAAUCGGUCUAACUCUUGUUCAUCGUUCGUUGAAAUCGAUGACACUAAAACUCAAUUCUACGGAGCAACUAUUUGAUUAUGAAAUAUUACAAUUAUUUCCAUUUACACCUGAAACAAAACGAAUGGGAAUUAUUGUACGCGAUGAAAACACAAAUGAAAUCAUAUUUUAUCUAAAAGGUGCCGAUACAGUUAUGCAAAACAUCGUGCAAUACAAUGAUUGGCUACAAGAAGAAUCUUCAAAUAUGGCUCGUGAAGGUUUACGUACAUUAGUGAUUGCGAAGAAACUGUUAACACAAGAAAAGUAUCAAGAAUUCGAACAAAAGAUAACCAAAGCACGUUUACAAACAAUUAAUCGCAGUCGUUAUGUCAGAGAAGUCAUUGAAACACUGGAAUGUGAUAUGGAAUUAUUAGGUGUUACUGGUGUCGAAGAUAAAUUACAAGUGGAUGUUCGACAAACACUAGAAAGUUUACAUAAUAGUGGAAUUAAAAUUUGGAUGUUAACAGGUGAUAAAUUAGAAACAGCCACAUGUAUUGCUAAAAGUUCGAAACUUAUCCGACGUAAUGAUGAUAUCUAUAUAAUGAAACAAGUAGCAACACGUGAAGAAUGUUUACAAGAACUAAAUAUUUUUAAACGCAAACUAGAUGCUUGUCUAGUUAUAACUGGUGAUGCAUUACAAAUUUGUUUAUCUUUCUAUGAAAAAGAUCUGAUGGAAUCAAUCAUUGAAAGUCCAUCUGUCAUUGUUUGCCGUUGUUCACCAACACAAAAAGCAACUGUGACUGACUUAUUGAAAAAAUAUCGUAAUAAAAAAAUUCGAGUUUGUGCGAUCGGUGAUGGAGGAAAUGAUGUUAGUAUGAUUCAAAGUGCGCAUGUUGGCAUAGGAAUUGUUGGGAAAGAAGGUAAACAAGCAUCUUUAGCAGCUGAUUUUUCCAUCAAUCAGUUUUCCUAUUUAACUCGUCUCUUAUUUGUACAUGGCCGUGAUAGUUAUAAGCGUACGGCAUCUCUAUCACAGUUUAUCAUUCAUCGUGGUGUUAUAAUUAGCGUUAUGCAAGCAAUAUUUUCUUCAAUAUUUUCUUUUAUUGCUAUAUCACUUUAUCAAGGAUUUUUACUUGUUGGUUACGGAACAGUAUAUACAAUGUUUCCAGUCUUUUCACUUGUAUUAGAUAAAGAUGUACCUGCAGAUAUUGCGUUACUUUAUCCAGAAUUAUAUAAAGAAUUAGCGAAAGGAAGAAGUUUAUCAUUGAAAACAUUUUCUCUUUGGGUUCUUAUUUCAGUUUAUCAAGGCAGUGCAAUUAUGUAUGGUGCAUUCGUGCUAUUUGGCGAUGACUUUAUUCAUAUUGUUUCUAUCACAUUUACUGCAUUGAUUCUUACAGAAUUACUUAUGGUUGCGCUAGCGAUUCGAACAUGGCAUACAUUAAUGGUUGUCGGCGAAUUCUUAAGUUUUACCUGUUAUAUACUCUCAAUAGUUAUUUUUCAAAAUCAUUUUGAUAUUCGAUUUCUGGAAUCAUGGUCUUUCAUAUGGCGUGUUGUAACUAUUACAGCCAUAUCAUGUUUACCACUUUAUAUUCUCAAAUAUAUGCAAACACAAUUUAAACCACCAAUUCAUGAAAAAUUGAAGCAAUAUUCCACACUUAAAUAA